AUGGCCCCUCUUUGCACCUCAGCAGAGGUCAAUCUGCUAGUGUAUCACUACCUCAAAGAGUCCGGCUUUCACCACGCCUCCUUCUCACUCCGCCACGAGUCGCGGCUAGACGACGAACCGCUUUCCAAAGAGGCUGUCAUCGAACCCGGUCAACUGGUCCGUUUCUUGCAGAAAGGCCUCAUCUAUGCAUCCGUAGAAGCCCACAUUCAGGACGACGGCACCGAAAAGGCAUGCUCUUCCAACAUCCGCCUUGUAGGCCCCCCUCACGUCUGCGACGGCAAGCCUCGACCCACGCCUCCACCUGCUAGCCCAACACGGUUGUCGCCAGAACCGGAUCCGUUCGCAGCACACCAAAUUCGAUCUGAGCACAAGGAGGCAGCGACACAGACACCUGCGGCUCCCGCUCCUGUAACAAAGCCCGUCAAUGGCGUACACAACAGCAAAGCAGCAACAGCAGUGCCACCACCAUCUUCUUUGGGCGGCGAAGAUGCAGACCGAUCAUCUCAGGUAGCCUCUUCCUCGACGAAGAAGAUCGAAGAUGCAGCCGACAACGAUGACGCUUCCUCCACUGCGUCCAAGCCCAAGGAUGCCAAGCGCAAAGCAUCAGCGUCCGUCACCUCGGAAGCAGACCGGGACGACAAGCGAGUGCGGAGGAGCGAGGCAAAGGCAGUAAGCGACGCCGUCACGUCAGAAGCACACGCCGACGGCGAAGAGCGAACAACGUCCCGCAAGGAUCGUCGCAACGGCGACGUGACAGCGGCGGCGGCGUCCCGCUCGGCAUCCCCAAGCGUAGAAAGAAAGCAGCAGACGAACAAGGAAAAGGACACAACAAGCAGCAAAAAGAAGAAGGGCGGAAAGUCAUCUGCAGGUGAGAACGGUGAAGCAAGCAAAAAGCGGGGAGACAAGGCCAAGGAUCCCAAGGCGCCGAUACCUCAGCCCAAGGGCGACAACUACAUCGAGGAUGGUCAGAUCACGACGCUAGCAGGGCAUACGGGCGAGGUCUUCAUCUCGGCCUGGAAUCCUACCGUGCCGAACAUGCUGGCUUCCGGCGGCGGUGAUGCUACCGUCCGCAUCUGGGAAGUGCCGGAGAAUGCAGGCGAAUCGCCUGAAGCGCCCACUAUCUGCAAGCAUCUCCCAGCCGCCCAGAGCAAGGACAUCUCGACUCUCGACUGGAACCCUGACGGAACGCUGCUCGCUUCCGGCUCAUACGAUGGCAUCGUCCGACUCUGGACUCCGCAAGGCGAUCUGCACCUCGUCAUGUCCAUGCACCAGGGUCCCGUCAUCAGCGUGCGAUGGAACCGCAAGGGCAACAUGCUGCUCACUGGCAGUGCAGACGGCACCAUCAUCGUCUGGGACCUCAACAGCGGCAAGCCUCGGCACACAUUCCCACUCCACAGCGACAGCGUUCUCGAUGUGGAAUGGCUGUCGACCGCCGAUGGUUCGCUCAAACCCAGCUCGACCUCCGAUGCCCCACCGCCCAUGCCGCACGGUCUCAGCCCUUCCGUCGCCGAUACCUACUUUGCCACGUGCUCCGCGGACAACAGCAUCAACUUGUGCAAGCUGGGCGAGCCAAAGCCCAUCAAGUCGUUCAAGGGUCACACCGACGAGGUCAAUGCGAUCCGCUUCGAUCCUUCUCAGACGCUGUUGGCGUCCGUAUCGGACGACAUGACGGCCAAGAUCUGGGCUCUGGACAUCGGUUCCAGUGGUCCAGGAGGAGCGACGACCGGUACCGCUGGAUCAGCAGGCGACCACCUCCGCAAACGAGCGUCGCAACGUCGAGGCGGCAGCGCUCACCUGGAAGGAAUGGACGUGGACGAGGAACCGUCUCAGCGCGCCACAGAAGACGCUGCAGGCGAUCGUGGUGCCACGCCUGGAUCAAAUGGUGGCGGACCAGCCUCAGCCAGUGCAUUGAAUGGCAAAGAACGGGCUUCACCGGCACCCGGAAGCAACGGGCAGUCUGCCGCAGCAUCGACGUCGGGUGCUUCCUCGAACCUCCUCACCACCACGGCAAAGGGCCCGAACAAGGGCUUGAGGCUGACGCUUGCGGGCCACACGAAAGAGCUCUACGCUCUCGCAUGGUGUCCUACCGGUCCCGGCUCCGCCAAUCCGGAUCAGCCCAGGAUGCUGGCCACCAGCUCCUUUGACUGGACUGCCAGGCUGUGGAACGCCGACAAUGGCGAUUGCAUCCGUGUCAUUGACGCACACGAAGACAACGUCUACACAUUGCGAUUCAGUCCUUGCGCCCGCUACCUCGCCACGGGCGGCAUCGACAAGAAGGUCAUCAUCUCGCGCGUUGACACUGGCGCGCUGGUGCAGCAGUACCUCGGAGGGGGCGCCAUCUUUGACAUUGCCUGGAAGGACCUGCAUGACGACGCUGUCGAGACGAAGCAAGAGGACGGUGACAGCACCAGCUCGCAGCCUUUGGCGAAACGCCACCAGCUCGCCAUCUCGCAGGCUGACCGAAAGCUCAGCGUUCUCAACAUCAGCGAUCUGGAUGCCGUCGAGUCGACCGCCAGCUUCAAAGCGCCUCCGCCCGCCGAGGUCAAGACCGAGGCGAGCGCGGGCAGCGAGAAGCCACCCAAGAAGCAGGCGCGCGGCGGAGCCUAA